AUGUCUCCUACAUCUCGAGCUCCGACCAUGCGCAUGAACCCUUCUGGCACGCGUGACAUGCCCACAUUCAUCGACGAACUUGCUAAAGAUGAGGCGAAAAACCAACCAAAGGGUGACUCGGAGAAUGCAGUCAAGGAGUAG